AUGCGUGUUGUUGUUGCCUUGCUAAUAAGUUCGGUUCUUGUAUCAGCUGAACCCCGCAAUUCGCAAAGAAUUGUAGGGGGUUCUCUGACCACGAUCGACAGAUAUCCCGAGAUGGCGUCGCUUAUAACCGCCUGGCCGUCCUGGUUCGCCCACGAAUGUGGUGGUACUAUUCUCAACAACAGAGCUGUACUUUCCGCAGCACACUGCUUUGGGAACGAUCCCCCUUCCGAUUGGCGAAUCCGUGUGGGUUCUACUUUUGCUAACAGUGGUGGUACAGUUAUAUUUACUAGUCAGAUUAUCCGUCAUCCAGCUUUCACCAGAGUGACAUUCGACAACGAUAUCGCUGUUCUUCGUACUGCCAGCGCCAUUUCCUUUUCCGAUCUAGUCAGACCAGGGAGCAUUGCUUCACCCACAUACAACCUCGGAGACAAUCAAGUCGUAUGGGCUAUUGGAUGGGGACGUGAUAACUUUGUUGGCAGUAUGUCUGAACAACUGCGUCACGUGCAAAUUUGGACAGUUAAUCAAGAUAUAUGUCGAAGUCGAUAUGCGUCCAUCCGUACUGUUACCGACAAUAUGCUUUGUUCUGGCUGGCUUGACGUUGGCGGCCGCGACCAAUGUCAGGGUGACUCUGGCGGUCCCCUCUUCCACAAUGGAGUUGUUGUUGGUGUCUGCUCCUGGGGCUAUCAGUGUGCUCUCGCUAGAUACCCCGGUGUCAAUACCAGAGUGUCGCAGUACACUGAUUGGAUAGUUAGCAACGCUUAA